AUGGCGUUCAAAGAUACCAGUGGCGAGACUCAUACCACGCUCCUGGGCCAGCUGUUCCACGGGGAACGGCUCGACGUGGCCCAGACGGUGAACAAGCUGAGCACGCACGACAAGGCCACUUUCAGGGAGAACAUGCGGAUUGCGAGUGGCGAGACACAUGGAGAGGUUGAGCUGCCCGAGACGGCGCCCUUGGUGUAUCCGGAUAUCGACAGGAGUCGCAGGGAGACCAGGGGAGGUGGAAACGCUCUUCGCGCUGGCUGGCAGAAAGGCGAAUAUAGAAUGGGCAUCAGAACACCCACUACCACCCGAACAACGCCCCCCAUGAAAUCGCGCUUCAAUGACCCCAACCACCCGGCGAACAGCGGCUCGUUCAUUGCGUUGGUCUCUGGCAGACACAUCCCCGUACCCGGGAUCGACAGGAUGAUCUCUGCGACGAGAGAACAGACGUUCUUGAUAGUCUACUAG